AUGGCCGAGCGCCCCUCAGCGAGAGCACCGGGUGGCGCCGCCGGCCGAUCUCUCAUGCCUUCGCUCACGACCAAAGAACCUGCCAACCGCGUAGUCAAGUACCGCUUCCGGGCCUCCGGCCUGGACAGCUUGGGGGCAAACGACCCCAACACGGCGGCCAGUGUCGUACAAUUUGCCUCUCUCACGCUCGCGGCGUCAGAGGUUAAAAGGCAGCAUGCCCACAGCGACUGGGACACGAGCUGUCUGGACGAAACCGGCUCGCUUGGCUGGGGGUUUGUGUGGUGGGUCGCCCAGUCCGGCAGCGGCCAGGGUCUCACGUUUGACUUGGCAUUUGACAUUUGA